AUGGAUAGAGGAACAAGAACUCCAUCGACACGAGGUGUCUCUCCAUCAACUAUUUUCAACUGCACUGAAGUAUUAAUUCCUGAUGCGGAGAGAGACCUAACCCCCAACUUACCUUUACUUCACAAGAGAAUAAAUUCGAGUUUUGCAGUUUCUCAGAACACAAGUCUUAAUUCAUUUUCCAAAGAAAAUAAAAAACCGCCGAGAUCUAGCUCUUCAAAAGGCUUCUUGAGGAGAAACUAUAGCACAUUAAAUAAAACAUCUGCUGAUAUCGAGCCAUCAAGCCAUCUUAUAGAUACUAUAGAAAAUAUUAAAAAUAAGGUCGAAAAGUCUUUUGAAAAUAGCUCAUUUCAGCAAAACGGAGAUAUUUCUGGAUUUAUUCGUAAUAUUAAAGAUCUCGAAGGUCUGAAACACAUAAGAAGCUACAUAAAUGAAAUUGGAAAAGAAGUCGUAUUAAAAAAACAACGUUAUAACGAAAUUCAUGGAGAAGUCAUAGAGCGGCAAGAAAAACUGAAAAAGCUUGAAGAAGCCUUUGAAUUGUUAGAAAAAGAAGAAAACGAAACAAAUAAUUUGCUUGAAGUCUAUAAUUUUCGAAGAGAUGAAUACCGCGAUUUUCAACAAGGCUUGAAUAAUGAAGUUUAUUACCAAGAAACCCUAAAAUAUAUGAUUGCUUGCAGGCAGGAAAACUCAAAAGCGAUGUCUUACCCUUUAAAUACAGAUAAUUUAAAGCUAAAACAAAUAAGUCAGAAAAUCAAAAAAACUGGAAAAGAAAUAGUGAAAUAUGUAUCGAAAUUUGGAGAAAUAAAGAAACAAAUUGAAAUAAUAACUGGGAAAACUGAAAAAGAAAGAAAAGAAAUGGAAAAGAAAGUUCAGUCUGAACUUAAAGUUUUUGAAGACUACCAAAAAUUAAAAAAAUGCAUAUCUCUUGAGCAUGAUAGAAAUGUUACAAUAGAAAGGCAGCAAAAUAAUGCAGUGCAAUUAUUGAAAUUUGAAAGAAAAAUCGGAGAAUUGAAAGAAGAGCAUAUUAUACAAGAUGAAGCUAUGAAGUUAGAAAAAAGCCAAGAAAUCCUAGAAAAAAAGCUAAUAGCAAUCCAAAGGGUUUCAAAUAUCGCAACUGUCCAAGAUAUGGUUCCUUACUACCAAUAUCUCUUUUAAUAUGAAUACUUAUUAUGUAUUAAAUCAUAAAUAAAAAGUCAAAUUUAAUGAAAAAAGAAUAUCUUUUACUCUCCCCCUUUUUGCUCAAGCAAUACUAUUGAAGAUUUCUUAAAUUGGAAGAAUUCUUGGUUGAACAAUUUUCUGUAGACAUAAAUGAAGCCUAUUCCUAUACCUCUUCAAGUCUAACUACCUGCCUUUGAUAAUAAAAUAAUUAGUAUAACUUUUUCUAAAAAAUUUUAAUGUGAUUUCUAGCAUAUUUGCUAAUGUAUAUACUCUAUCUCUUGUGGCUAGGGCAUAAAAUAUUUUAUAUGGAAAGAAGUUACUUUCAAAAUUUUAUAUCAUCCCCAUCCUUGAUCGAACGAUAGUGAUCGGCUUGAUCAAAGAUAGGGCUAUUUAGAAAAAAAUAAAAACUUAAAAGGUACAGUUGAGCAGCUUCAAACACAAAUUGACAAUCUAACACAAGAAAAAGAAGAAUUGGCAAAGGAAGCUGAUUUUUGGAAAUUUCAAGAUGACUCAUAUUUUAAACUCAGCAUCCAAGAAGCUGAUAUAGCUAAUGAUUAGAUUAGUUAAAAUUAUAGUGUGUCGUCGGGGUUUAUUUCAGCCCUUCUCCGUCCAACGGAUAGCUUCGCAUUGGCGUUAAGCGCUAUCCUCACACCACCAUUUUGCUUCUGACAUCACCAAAAAAUAGUGACGUUGAAGGUCUAUCGGGGAGACACCCCUACCGAUUGGCAUUGCCUUUCUUGAUCCCAAAUUUCAGCAGAAGACUCCCUUAACCUCUGACAGGGGCUCAGAGUAUAGGUGGAUCGUCUUUUUCCUCCUCCAUGGCCUGUCAGAGCUUUAUUGCAGGCUCGAAAAUUGCUCCAUGGGAGUAGUAUUGGGACUUUGCGCCGGUAGGGACUCUGCAGUUAAGGAAAAAAGAUCUAGGGUCAUCCCUUAGACACCGAAGAACUAUCGCCACGUAGUUUAUCUUUCCUGGACCCGUAUCAACUCACGGGUCACGAGGAGUCCACGUCAGAUCACGCCAUUUUAAUAAUUCUCAUAUAGCUAAUGAAGAACUAGAAAAGAAAAUAGAUGAAAUUAUGAGGAGCGAAAAUAACCUACAUAAACUUCAAGAACUUAUAAACGCAUCUGUUAAUGUUCUUAGUCGAGUGGUUUUUCAAUUAUCUGAUAAUGAAAGUUCUGUGAUUGAAGUAAGCGAAAAAAAAUUGAGCAGAGCUUUGGCUUAUGCAUCAACUAGACUGGAUCAAAUGAUGGAAAUUCUUCAAAAUCAUCAAAGCGUGUUUUAUAUUGAAAGCAUUAAUACUGGGAUGGAGUUUGGAUCUGCCCCAUCAUUUUUGAGGUUAAAUAACAGCAGACAGGCUAGAGUUGAAAAUAAUGACCGUUUAGGUUUUUCGAAUAAGGAAAAUGAGACAUCUAAAAGGAAUUAA